CGCGUCACGUGGAACUGUUCUCUGCGUGUGUGUGUCCGCGCGCACCGCACAACAUCGCGAGGCGCGCGCGCUGACACAUGGAGCGUUGAAGUGGCGCUUGAAGAAGGUCUGUGUCUGCAGGUGCUCGCGCUCGCGCUGCGUCCUCUAAACAACAACAACAACAACAACAACAACAACAAUCUGCACGGGGAUCAAUUUAGAUAUUAUAGAUAUUUAUAUUUAAUUGAACACAAUGCGGAUUCUGACGUGCGUCGUCACGGUGCUCGUCCUGUUCCUGCACGUCAGCGCUCUAUCUAAGGUUUUCGGGGACUUGGAGCCGGUGAGGAUGACGUCGGAGGGCUCUGACUGCCGCUGCAAGUGCGUGAUGCGGCCGCUGAGCAUCGAGGCGUGCGCCAGGCUUCGAGACGGGACCCUCAAAGUGGACGAUUUUUACUCAGUGGAGACGGUGAGCUCAGGAUCGGACUGUAAAUGCUCGUGCACGGCGCCGCCCUCGUCCCUGAACCCCUGCGAAAAUGAAUGGAGGACAGAGAAACUGAGGAAGCAAGCACCUGAGCUGCUCAAGCUGCAUUCCAUGGUGGAUAUGCUGGAGGGGACAUUGUACAGUAUGGAUCUGAUGAAGGUUCAUGCGUACAUGAAUAAAGUGGUGGCUCAGAUGAACACACUGGAGGAGACGAUAAAAACGAACUUGAGCAGAGAGAACGACUUCAUCCGGGACAGCGUAAUGAACCUGUCCAAUCAGCUGAAGAAGUACGAGAACUACUCGGACAUCAUGGUGAGCAUUAAGAAGGAAAUCUCCAGCUUAGGAGGGCAGCUGAUGAAGAAAGACGUGACGGACGACAAGGCACAGGCGACCGACAGCAAGAAGGGCAAAGAGGUGGUAAAACCCUCCAACAAAAAGUCACCGGUGGUGAAACCUCCUCCAAAACCACCCAAAGAGAAGCCCAUCAAACCCAAAAAGGAGCCUCCGCCGCCCAAAAUGCCCAAACCUGCAAAACCAGAGCCGACCCCUAAGAGCAAAGCGGCGGGUCACCAGCCAGGGGUCAUCAGGGGCAUCACCUACUACAAAGCCACCAGGACGGACGAGUCAGAAAACACAGCCAAAACCCACACAGUCCACAAAAUCCAGGACAAGGGAGGUUCCGAACUUGUCUCGGAGGCCAUCGAGGGCACCACUUCUGCUUCGACAAAAACGACAAGGACGACGUCCACGACGACGACAACAACGACGACGACUGUUGCUCCGACGACAGUUGCCUCACGAACACAAACAACCACCAGGGAUGAGGAGCUUUUCACCAGGUCUUCUACCGUGUCAGAACCAGAGACGGAGAAACCCACCAUCACUGUCACACCAUCUCUGAAGAGCACAAAACCCAGCACUAACAACUCAGUGUACAUUAAACCUCUGGAGUGUGAGGGUACCAUUGCUUCUGUGGAGAUCCCAGAGAAGCACCACAGCUACGGGCGUAAUGAAGGCGCCUGGAUGAAGGACCCUGCAGCCAAGGACAACAGGAUCUACGUCACCAACUACUACUAUGGCAACAACCUUGUGGAGUUUCGCAACCUGGACAAUUUUAAGCAAGGUCGCUGGAGUAACCUCUACAAGCUUCCGUAUAACUGGAUAGGAACGGGUCACGUGGUCUACAAUGGUGCCUUUUACUACAACCGAGCCUUCACCAAGAACAUCAUCAAGUACGACCUGCGGAUGCGCUACGUGGCGGCGUGGACGCUCCUCCAUGACGUGGUCUACGAAGACACAACGCCGUGGAAGUGGCGCGGCCAUUCGGACAUUGACUUCGCCGUGGACGAGAGUGGACUCUGGGUGAUCUACCCGUCAAUGGACUAUGACUACUCGCAGCAGGAGAUGAUCAUCAUCAGCAAGUUGGACCCGAGUGACCUUUCCACCAAGAAGGAGACGACGUGGAGGACAGGCCUGAAGCGCAACACGUACGGAAACUGCUUCAUCGUGUGCGGCGUGUUGUAUGCCAUCGACGUGUACAACCAGAGAGAGGGCGAGGUGGCAUACGCCUAUGACACGCAUACCAACACCGAGGUGGUGCCGCGGCUCCCGUUCACCAACGAGUAUGCCUUCGUCACCCAGGUGGACUACAAUCCUAAAGAGAAGGUGCUUUAUUGCUGGGACAACGGACACCAGCUCACUUAUAACCUUCACUUCGUGGGCCAGUGAGGGGCUGCGAAAACCGUUCCACCUUUAAUUCAGGAAAUCUGACUUUUGUAAGAGAGAAAUAAAUAGAAAGAAAAUGAAGAUAACUGUAAAAGGGAAACCGACACUUUCUGACUUUGUGCCGACUAAAGCAAUGGUUAAAUCACGUAGCAGAAACGGCUUUAAACUUUUUUUUUUUUUUAACUUUAAACUUUAAA